UUGUGUUAGGCAUAUUAAAACGUGUUACGCUCUAUUGGAAACACUUUCAGGUUAUUCUUAUUUUGUUUCGUUGGUUUGGCAUUUUGAAUUAGCGUUUCAAACAUUAUUUUACGACAUUUUUGAACUGGCCAUUCAGUUUUACACGUCUUGAACUUGUCACUUUUUGGACCAAUAAUACUUAGUUUGACGUGUGUAUUGUAGUUUACGAUAAUGUGUUUUGACCUGUAGUUCAAGCAAGCGUCCGAGCCAGGUUAGAUCUCUCCAGACAUGUCCUUUCCAUCACUGCCAGCCGCUUUGGUUGCAGGGUGUGUUAUCUGCGUUUAUCAGAUCUCCCCUCUUUACAACCCAGAAGGGUCACAAUGCUUAUUCGACUUUAAAGGCUUUUUUAUGUGAGCGGGUGUGUGUAUUAGCCCCUCAGACGGCUAUACUAAAGGGGGUUCAAUACACAUCCUGCUCUCACCCUCUGCUGCCCUCUCCUCCCACUCCCUCCAAAGCUUUGACAUUUGUCUAGUAGGCUAGGCCUAGUGGUUUGGCUAGUUUGUGGUGACGGGUACGUACGUUUUGUUGAUGGUACACUGACUGUAUUCAGCUGGUUUGCUGACUUUGUUCGUUUCUUCCAGGUUGCCAUCAAGUGGGUGAGAAAUGGACCGUUACUUUCGACAUGUCCUCCAUCUCUGUGACUGACGAUGUCCAGCUGUCAGAGCUUCGGGUCAGACUACCAGCUUUCUCCGCCUCCAAGCGCGUCACAUUGGACAUUUAUCACUCGCGAAAGCAGGACUGCGAGUCUGACACUGAAAUGUGCCACGACGAGCGCCUUCUCUUGGGCAGCUUUGGCGCAUCGCCCAGUGACACCAAGUCUCCAUUGAACGUUUUCAAUGUAACAGCUCUGCUCAAAUAUUGGUUGCACCAGGGAGACGCAGUGACGGAGAGUCAAGAAGCAAGAGUUGGAGAUGUGAUGGAGGAAGAGCACGGGAGUGGGGUAGAUGGAGAGAUCGACAUGCCCUACAUUAAGCAUCUUACACACAGGCGAAAGAAGGUUCACCAUCCGACAGCGGAACGGGUUAUGAUGGUUGUCUUCUCCAAGCACAACCUGCCUCGGGAUGGCGAGAGCGCACCCACUCUCAUCCGUACUGUGGAGCACUCCAAAUACGCAAUUUUGGACCAAGUCAGCGGUGAAGCUCAAGGGCGACGCCACAAGAGAAACCGAAUGGAGAGAGUGCGGAUGGCCGGCGGAAUUGCAGCGAAUGCUACUGGGUCACUGGCUGAAGCCGUCCAACGCCCACUAUGUCGGAAGGUGGACAUGUGGGUAGAUUUCGACCAGAUCGGCUGGAACGAGUGGAUUGUGUAUCCAAAGCGCUACAACGCGUUCCGUUGCGAGGGCGCGUGCCCUAUUCCGGUGGAUGAAUCAUUCAGUCCCACCAACCACGCAUACAUGAAGAGCCUGUUGAGACUGUACCAUCCGGAUCGUGUGGGGUGUCCCUCCUGCGUGCCUACGCGCCUCAGCCCGCUGUCCAUGCUGUACUAUGGUGAUGAAGACGUGGUGUUACGGCAUCAUGAGGACAUGAUCGUGGAGGAGUGUGGCUGUCACUGAUACCCCAGCCAUGUCACCUCACCCGGCAACCAAAAAUACCACUUAUUUAAAACGCUUCACUUAGAAUGGCAUGUUGUGCGUCAUGAAAUGACUCUUAUUGAAGGUGUCCAUCUGAUUCAAUUUAUACUUCAGGCUGUUUGUAACAUGGAAAAUCAAUUUCUUUGAUACUUACUAUAUCUUAUGCAGUCAUCAUCUCAGGUGUUCUCAUCUGAAACAACAUUUUAUCUUAGAUGUGUCCUUAGAUUGAGCCAAUGUAUUUACUUUAUGAUAAAGGUGUACUGUUAUUUAUUUGAAUAUUUCAAGUAGACUUCACCUUUUGGGUCACACUUAGGCUGUAUGCAUUUAUAUCGGCAGGGUUUUGGUAUUUAAGAAGUUUAUAAAGGAAUAUUCUGCAAAAAUGGUAUCUUACUUGUUAUGACUACUUUUUUAGUCACCCAUUUAUUAAAGAUAUUUUUGUAUAUUGAAAAAAAAAAUAUAUAUAUAUAUAUAUAUAUAUUAAAGCAUUUUAUUCUGUUCAUCGAAGUGUGACAUUUAUUGAUUUAAUCCACUUAAGUGAGAAAUCUAGGACAUUUCAGCAUUGUAUUGGCCAUAUUCUGGGGUGAAUUUAAAUUGACCAAAAAAAUAACCACUUAUAUUUAAUAAAAAUGAAUGCAAGUCCUUUCAA